AACCGGAAAAUUAUUUUUGUAUCUCGGUGGCCACCGUAUUUGUGGUCUAAAGAAAACGUGUCUAAGAGCAAGUUUGAUUAUUUAUGCAACUUCUAAGUCAGUUUACAAUGACAGUAUAAUUCAUUGUUUUAUAAUCGGAGAUAAUUCUAAAGAUAUCAUCAAUUUAGUUUUUUUUUUUUUUUUCCAGAAGAACAAAAAUAAGUGAGUUGCUCAUGGGAUGUAGUGUGACAUGAAGAUUAAGAGAAGAGGGUGGAGUUUUUGGCUUUUUGAAUUAAAAGCAGAAAGUAAAUGAUUGCAUUUUUUGUCAGCAGACCAGUCAGUGAGCAGGGAUUGAUGAGGUGAUGGUAGUCAUUCAAGCGGAAUGCUCACUUUUGAAGUGUAGUAGUUGGGACUAAGGCUACCAUAACAGCAAAUGGAGACACCAAUCUUUGGUUGACAAGCUUGAAUCAAUCAGAUGAUAGACAAACUGACAGCAUGUUGUGAGGGUAUUGGAUAAAUGGAAACACACAACAACGGAGUUCUAGUAUGACAGAGAAGGUGAGAGCUUAAGGAAGAACCGUGGUUUCACCUCCAUGCACAAAAACCCAGUGACUAGGAGAAGAAGAGUGAGAUUUGAGCACAGUCGCAAAAACGGAGCGAGAGGCAUCGGGGUAGGCAGAUUUCAAGGACGAGCCCCUCCCGACCGUCCAAGAUGGACCCCGGCAGGCGGCCCCAGCGCGGCAGCGGCCCCACGCAGCAAGACGUGGGCACCAUGGUGGGUCCGGCUCUGCUCUGGCUGCAGGAUGUGGUGGCGCUGGGCGUGCUGCGCACCCGCCGAACCCUGCUGCAGGCUGCCAUCCUCCUCUGCGUACUCGUGCUGCUGCUCUGGGUGGCAAUCUUCCUGUACGGCAGCUUUUACUACUCCUACAUGCCUACUGCCAGAUUUGUCACCCCAGUCCACUACUACUACAGGACAGACUGUGACCCCUCCAGCUCUUACUUGUGUUCCUUUCCCAUGGCUAAUGUCUCCCUAUUGAGGAACGGCCGAGACCAGGUGAUGGUGUAUGGGCAGCCCUAUCGGAUCUCUCUGGAGCUGGAUAUGCCCGAGUCUCCAGCCAAUCAGGAGCUGGGAAUGUUCAUGAUCAGAAUGUCCUGUUACACCAAGGAGGGUCAGGUCGUCUCUGCCAUCUCUCGCUCCGUGAGCCAGCUCAUCUCCUCUGGCUCUCGCACUGCCAUGCUGCAUUACCGCUCCAAACUGCUGCAGACGCUGGGCACUGUGUUGUUUUCGCCACUCCUGUUGGCAGGGGUGUCACAGCAAAAGCAACUGGUGGAGGUGGAGCUCUACUCUGCCUACAGGGAGAACUCUUACCAGCCAACAAUGGGUGCAGUGAUUGAGAUCCAGUCUCGGCGAAUACAGAUCUACUCCGCUGAGCUCCGGAUCCAUGCUCACUUCACUGGCAUUAGGUACUUCCUUUUCAACUUCCCCCUGUUGUCAGCAUUAGUGGGCAUCGCCAGUAACUUUGGCUUCCUCAGUGUGCUCGUGCUCUUCAGUUACCUGCAGUUUGUCUGGGGAGGGAUUUGGCCGCCCGAGCAGGUCAGAGUCAGGGUUAUGAUGGGGGAUGGGGCUCGUCCACAGCAGAAGAGAGAACAGGCCCGAAGACGCCCCAGCCUGAGUAAAAGUGCUGUGCACCACACUCAACACUCCAAAAACGCUUUAGACGGGAACUCGGAGACGGAUAACGACAGCAGUACAAACACUGUGCGAGAAUCUGAUUCAGAAGCGUCGGCUCCACAGAGGAAAGCAGAGCUGGAGACUGAACUCCCAGAAACCGUGAGGUCGCUGAAUGGAUGGCCUGGUGUACAGGACAAUACUACAGUAUUUGAUUCAUCCACCGAGGACCCUCCUGUUCUGCUAGAAGCCUCUGAUGUUUUGGAGGCCAAUGUAAGCGAGGAGGAGCCUGACCCUGAUGAUUUGGCGGACGAAGAAGGCGAUGAGGGGGCGCUAGAGGAACCCAGGGAACCAGAGAUCUUCGAAUCUGCCCUACGCCAACGCCAUGGGGCCUGCAUGAGUUCCUGAGCGUGCGGGGAGUACAGACAGUAUCUACAUGCAAGCUAUUGCCAAUAUAUCCACACACGCCUACGCGCACGCACACUCACACACAAACACACACACACACACACACUCUACAUUACAUUACAGGCAUUUAGCAGACGCUCUUAUCUAGAGCUACUUACACAACUUUUACACACACACACACACACACACACGCACACACGCACCUCUAGAUGUGCCUUUUCAAUAGUCCUGCUCUUGCCAAAAGAAGAUCCACACUGUCGGAACCUUGCUUUAUGAAGAGAAGUCAUUUUCUGAAUGGGGACUGGCAUGUCCCAUUUACUUAUUAUAGUCAUUGGCUGGGUACACGUACUUCGCGCAUACGCACAAACAUACACGUUUUGCAUCUACAGAACACACACUCUGUGCUACACUGAAGUACAUGCACACAGUUGAAUAAGCUUAGAGACAAUCGUCUUGCACCUUGCUUUAAGUGUGUUUCAAUAUUGCACACUACAAAAAAGAAGUUUAACCUGGUCCUAGAGCUUAAUGUAUGAAUUUAGCAAAUAACAAAAACAACAAACCACAUAUCACAGAGAAGGAACCAAUACUGCCAGAGGCUUCCUGACUAUAUUUCAGUCAUAACCUGCAGUAUGUAUGUUACAUUCCCACUCUUAUCAUUUAUAGUCACUUACAUAGGAAGCACAGAUGUAUUGUUUUACACAUAUACUGGCCAGGUGUGAUAUCCGGCAGACUUUACUUUUACUGGUAUGACAAAUGUCUUUUAAAUGGUUUUUUUAAAUGUUCAGACUACAUUAAUAAAGAAAGCUUUAAUAAUAUGGUUAUGCAUAUGUUGUCGAACAAUAUUGAGCUCUGGUAAAUAAGUUGUUUGAAUUUGAACAUUUUGGUUGUAUGGUAUGUAAUUGGGAAUAUAAAUUUAAAUUCUUUAACUCGUUUGAUUUAUGUCAAACUGAGCCCUAAAAAGUCUGUUGGAGUCCAAGUGGAGGAGAGUCUGUUGCAGGUGGGUGUGGUUGGGUGUUAUAGAAGGGUCCAGUGAGUACUGUAAUACAUUUUACAUUUUACAUUUUACACAAUAGAUAGCACUCAAAGGUGCAGUUGCAGAGUGCUUUGGAAGAACGUCCAUCAUUUGCAGUAAACAUUGAAAUAUUAUUUUCUUGAAUGUAUAUGUUUAACUAAAGGCCAAAGCUAUCCUAUUAUAGGAAGUUCUUUUCUCGUAUUUGUUGCCACAGUGUAUUCAAUAAUGCAAAAAAUGUGCAGUAUAUUAGUAUGUGAGUGUAUAAUUAUCUGUUCACGCUUGACUAAUGUAGGUGUGCAUUGAUGUAAAACUAAAAACUUUCUUGUUUUUCGUCAUGUUUCAAUAAGGGCACGGUAAUGUUGCUCUUAUUUAAUAAAUAUGAAUGCCAAUUUU